UAAAACCAUCCAUAUUUUCUCUCUCUAGAAAUCCCUAAAAGAAGAGAGAGACAGGGGGAAAUUUCAGUAGAAAGGGUUAUUCCAUUCUCUCUCUAGAAGCCCUACGAUCUGUUCUUGCAAUCUAUCGUCGUCUAAUUCAAAGUUGUUGGGAAAGCUAUGUCGUCUCUCAGCAGAGAGCUUGUAUUUUUGAUACUUCAGUUUCUAGAUGAAGAGAAGUUCAAAGAAACUGUUCACAGGUUGGAGCAAGAAUCAGGAUUUUUCUUCAAUAUGCGAUACUUUGAGGAAAUGGUGACGAAUGGUGAGUGGGAUGAGGUGGAAAAAUAUCUGUCUGGAUUCACGAAGGUUGAUGAUAAUAGAUAUUCAAUGAAAAUCUUCUUCGAGAUACGAAAGCAGAAGUACCUAGAAGCCCUAGACAAGAAGGACCGUGCUAAAGCCGUUGAAAUUCUAGUAAAGGACUUGAAAGUGUUUUCUGCUUUUAAUGAAGAUCUCUUUAAAGAAAUAACUCAGCUUCUGACUCUGGAGAACUUCAGGGACAAUGAACAAUUAUCAAAAUAUGGAGACACCAAGUCUGCUAGGAGUAUAAUGCUGGGUGAACUGAAGAAGUUGAUCGAGGCAAAUCCCCUGUUUCGUGAUAAGCUAAAUUUCCCAAGCUUGAAGAACUCAAGACUGAGGACACUUAUUAACCAAAGUUUGAACUGGCAACACCAGCUUUGUAAAAACCCCAAGCCGAAUCCAGACAUAAAAACGCUGUUUGUUGACCAUUCUUGUGGACAGUCACAGCCAAAUGGUGCACGAGCUCCAUCUCCCGUGACUAAUCCAUUAAUGGGUUCUGUACCAAAGCCUGCAGGCUUUCCACCUCUGGGUGCUCAUGGUCCUUUUCAGCCUGGACCAGCACCUCUGCCAACAUCUCUUGCUGGUUGGAUGGCAAAUCCAUCCCCUGUGCCUCAUCCAUCAGUUUCUGCUGGUCCUAUUGGUUUCACUCCGCCUAAUAAUGCUGCUUUGUUAAAGCGCCCUAGGACUCCUCCAAGCAACAAUCCAGCUGUAGACUAUCAAACAGCUGACUCCGAACAUGUUUUAAAGAGAACGAGGACAUUCGGCAUAUCUGAUGAACAGGUCAAUCAUAUGCCUGUAAAUAUCUUACCUGUUGGUUAUAUUGGCCAAAGUCAUGGUCAAAGCUCAUACUCAUCUGAUGAUCUGCCUAAGGCUGUAGUGAUGACCCUAAACCAGGGCUCCCUAGUCAAAAGUAUGGAUUUCCAUCCAGUACAGCAAAUUCUGCUUCUUGUUGGAUCGAACAACGGAGAAAUCAUGAUAUGGGAGCUAGGUAGUAAGGAGAAGCUUGCUCACAAGAAUUUCAAAGUUUGGGAUCUUAGUGUUUGUUCAAUGCCUUUGCAGGCAUCUUUGACCAACGAUAAUACUGCAUCAAUUAAUCGUGUAACAUGGAGCCCUGAUGGAACACUGUUUGGUGUUGCAUACUCAAAGCACAUUGUGCAGAUAUACUCUUACCAUGGUGGUGAUGAUUUGCGAAACCACUUGGAGAUCGAGGCUCAUGGUGGCAGUGUUAAUGAUCUCGCUUUCUCUUACCCAAACAAACAACUUUGCAUUGUGACAUGUGGAGAGGAUAGAUUAAUAAAGGUGUGGGAUGCAGUAACAGGAGCAAAACAGUAUACGUUUGAGGGUCAUGAAGCACCUGUAUAUUCUGUAUGUCCGCAUUUCAAGGAGAAUAUUCAGUUUAUCUUCUCAACAGCUACUGAUGGGAAAAUAAAGGCAUGGUUGUAUGACAAUAUGGGUUCAAGAGUGGACUAUGAUGCACCAGGUCAUUCAUCCACCACUAUGGCAUAUAGUGCCGAUGGAACAAGGUUAUUCUCAUGUGGGACAAAUAAAGAAGGAGAUUCAUACAUUGUUGAAUGGAAUGAAAGUGAAGGAGCUGUAAAGCGUACGUAUAAUGGGCUCGGAAAGCGAUCUGCUGAGGUUGUGCAGUUUGAUACUACCAAGAAUCGUUUUCUUGCUGCUGGUGAUGAAUUUAUGGUUAAAUUUUGGGAUAUGGACAAUGUUAACUUAUUGACGACAAUCGAUGCCGAGGGUGGUUUACUGGCUUCUCCUUGUAUAAGAUUUAACAAGGAAGGAAUUCUGUUGGCUGUUUCAACAAAUGACAAUGGCAUCAAAAUUCUUGCUAAUCCAGAUGGGAUUAGGUUACUAAGAACUAUGGAGAAUCGACCUUUUGACGCUUCCAGAGUUGCAUCAGCAUCUGUCGUGAAGACCCCCAUGAUGAGCAUGUUUGGUGCCGUUAACACAUCUGUGGGACCAAGUAUUAUGGAUAGAGUUACACCAAUGCCCUCUAUGGUAGCGAUGAAUGGUGACAAUCGGAGUCAGAUAGAUGUAAAACCCAGAAUCGUAGAUGAGUCAAUGGAAAAAUCUAGAAUAUGGAAAUUGACGGAAAUCAGUGAACCAGCACAGUGCCGCUUUUUAAGGCUUCCUGAUAAUACAUCUUCAGCAAUGCGGGUUUCAAGAUUAAUUUACACAAAUUCAGGACUUGCCAUAUUGGCUCUAGCAGCUAAUGCUGUCCAUAAAUUAUGGAAAUGGCAGAGAAAUGAUCGUAAUUCAACCGGGAAGGCUACUGCUAAUGUUAUACCUCAACUAUGGCAACCAACAAGUGGUAUACUGAUGACCAACGAUAUCAGUGAUACAAAUCCUGAAGAUGCUGUUCCAUGUUUUGCAUUGUCGAAGAAUGAUUCGUAUGUUAUGUCUGCUUCAGGCGGGAAGAUCUCUUUGUUCAAUAUGAUGACGUUUAAGACUAUGACGACAUUCAUGGCUCCACCUCCUGCAGCAACCUUUCUGGCAUUCCAUCCACAAGACAACAACAUUAUUGCCAUAGGCAUGGAGGAUUCCUCUAUCCAAAUAUACAAUGUCCGAGUUGAUGAGGUCAAAACAAAGCUUAAAGGCCAUCAUAAACGGAUAACAGGCCUGGCUUUCUCCAAUGUGCUUAAUGUGCUAGUAUCAUCUGGUGCUGAUUCUCAGUUGUGUGUUUGGAACACAAAUGGAUGGGAAAAGCAAACAAAUAAACACUUGCAAAUUCCGGCAGGACGUGUCGCCGCUCCCCUUGCUGAUACCCGUGUGCAAUUUCACCAAGAUCAGACACAUUUGCUAGCCGUUCAUGAAACUCAGAUAGCCAUUUAUGAAGCACCUAAACUGGAAUCUCCAAAACAGUGGUUCCCGCCAGAGACAAGUGGCUUGAUAACCCAUGCUACGUAUUCGUGUGAUAGCCAAUCCAUAUUCGUCGGUUUUGAGGAUGGAAGUGUUGGUAUUCUAACUGCAACAACACUAAGGUUGCGAUGCCGGAUCAGUUCAACUGCGUAUUUGCCAAGCAAUCCAAAUUUACGGGUGCAUCCACUUGUGAUCGCUGCACAUCCAUCUGAAGCAGAUCAAUUUGCACUGGGACUUAGCGACGGUGGUGUGUGUGUAGUUGAGCCGCUGGAAUCAGAAGGGAAAUGGGGGACGUCGCCACCGUUAGAAAAUGGUGCAGGGCCAAGCAAUACAAGUGGUGUAGCAGCAAGCACAACUGAUCAAGGUCAGAGGUAAGUAAGUAAGUUUAUAUAAGAAAGAUAUAGGUAUAGCAGAGUGUAGAAGAUGAUUAUAGUUUAGAAAUUGAAAUGGAUAUUUAUGAUAUGAGACCAACGAAACAAACAAUGUUGCUGUUAGCUUUUAGAUUCAGGAGUAGAAAGAGUUGGUUUGUAAAUUUUUAUGGAUCGGCAAAAGGCUUUUUUUUAAAUCAUAUUGGAAACGAUUGAAGGCUACGUUCGUGGCCUCAAGUUUCUCAUUUCAUUUCA